AUUUAACGAACAGCAACACACGUACAAAAAUUGUAAUUUAAUAGAAAUUUAAGUUAAAGCUAUCUUGGACGUUAUGAUGAUUAAUAUUUAAUUACUUCGGCGCUAUAGUAUUCACCGGAUCAUGUUUUCACAUGGCGCUCGUCCCUAGGCUAUGUAUCUAUAAAAAUGGCACGCACAUUUAGUGCUAAAGCUUAUGUCAUUUGUGUAACAUGGCGGCCAACGAGAAUAGCAAUUUUCAGAAAGUUUUGGAGUUUAAAAUUUACAAGUGCUCCAGCUUUUCUUCGUCGUACGUGCCAGAAAAUAUCCUUGUAGAUAAACCAUCGGAUCAAACGUCGCGCUGGUCUUCUGAUAUUGACAAUCACCCGCAGUUUCUUAUAUUAAAAUUACAAUGUCCUUCGAUCGUGAAAAAAAUUACAUUUGGCAAAUAUGAAAAAACACAUGUAUGUAACAUAAAAAAGUUUAAAGUAUACGGUGGUUUAGAACCAGAAAAUAUGAUGGAACUUUUAGAAAGUGGUCUAAAAAAUGAUUCUAUACCAGAAACGUUUGACUUAAAACACGUACUAGGAAAUGAGGAAAAUUACUUUCCAGUUAGGUAUAUAAAGAUUCUCCCAUUACAAUCGUGGGGCCCUAGUUUUAAUUUCUCUAUCUGGCAUGUACGAUUAACUGGCACUGAUGAUUAUAAAAUUGUGAGGCCCAGUAUAGAGUGGCUCAACGCGUAUCGCCAAAAAGAAGUGAUAAGGUUGUGUAUGAAACACUUUAGGAAACUGGAACAACCAGAAAUUGUAGAGACUUUACAAAGAGUUACUGGUGUUCCAUUGGAAGAUUCUAGAUUGACAGGGUUAUAUGAUUUAUUAGUUACAAAGGGUGAUCAUUCGCAAGCUGAGUGCUACAUAAGUAAUGCUGUAAUGAUGGGUCUUUUAAAUGACUACAUCAAUGCUCAGACUUAUAGAGCAGUUUGGACUAAAUUAUCCUGCAGCGAUAUGAAGCCAGGAAUGAGAGGGGGUCAUCAAAUGGUGUUUGACUCGUCUGCAGAACUUAUAUAUUUGUUUGGGGGUUGGGAUGGAAAUCAAGAUCUUUCAGAUUUGUGGUCUUAUAGUAUAGCUACUAAUAAGUGGACCAUUAUAUGUAAGGAUACAGAAGCUGUGGGUGGUCCGAGUGCAAGAUCUUGUCACAAAAUGUGCCUUGAUCCGGAACGUAGACAACUUUUUACACUUGGUAGAUAUUUGGAUGCACAGUGUAGAGUGCCAGAAAAUUUAAAGAGCGACUUUUACGUGUAUGAUAUCGAAUCCAACAAAUGGACACAAAUAUCUGAAGACACAGGAGCCGUGGGAGGGCCUCAAUUAAUUUUUGAUCACCAAAUGUCUAUGGAUGUUGAAAAACGAACAAUUUAUGUCUUCGGUGGUCGGAUUUUAGUUUCUACAACGAAUUCUGAAGAACAUGGUAUGAUGUCUAGUUCCACCGAACCAGUUUUUUCUGGCCUGUAUUCUUAUCACAUACCAACCGGCACCUGGACCAGACUUGCCUGUGAUAGUGCCAGACCGUGUCCUCCUAAUGUACCAGCGGUUACGUCUAGAGCCGGACAUUCUAUGUUGUUCCAUUCGGGAUCGCGAAAACUAUAUAUUCUAACAGGUCAAAGGGGUAAAGAAGAUCUCAGUGAUUUCUUCACGUACGAAGUCGACACGAACCAUAUCGAACACAUCUUCAACGAUUUUGGUGCGAAAGACUCGAAUCACGUUCCAAUGGCUGGUUUCACGCAGAGAGCGACAAUUGAUCCUGAGCUGGGAGAAAUAUAUGUUUUAUCGGGUUUAAGCAAAGACCAAGUUAAAAGAUCCGACAGUGUACAACAUUCUUUCUGGGUAUACAAUAUUAAGAAGAACAGGUGGUCUUGUAUUUACAGGAAUGAUAACAUCGGAGAAAAAUACUGGAGUAAAAUGCAAGAUUUUGAACCGUGUCCACGAUUCGCUCAUCAGUUGGUUUAUGAUCAUGUUAAAAAGGUCCACUUUUUAUUCGGUGGAAAUCCUGGAAGGGCUUGUCUUCCCAACUUACGACUCGACGAUUUUUGGCAACUGAAAUUGUGCAGACCGUCUCACGAACAAAUUCUGAAACGGUGCAAGUUACUGAUCAGAAAGCACAAGUUUGAAGAACUGGCUUUGAACAACAGCGUCGAAGCUCUCGAAUACUUGCAAACUAAAGUAUCGGAAAUCAUCGACCAUAACGACGUGGAACAAACAAAAGAGUUUCAAUUGUUAACGUCUAUUUUAUUCAGAGAACAAAACUCCUUGUUAGGAGAAGCCGCAAAUUCGAACAAUCCGAACGCCGUAUUAGGAAAUUUAGUUAAUAUGGAUACGUCGUCGUUGUAUUGUCCGACCACGCGCGACAUCCACACCUUAAGAACCGAACUGUACGACAAGUUGACGGAAUUCUUUCCCGAGUCGUUGACACAACCCCGUGCUAAUUUGAUCGAUCUUUUACCGUUAUGAUCCAGCAGUGAUUGAAAUCCGAUCACUCGGAAAGCCUGUAAAAUGUAAAGCUAAAGAUUCCUUUUGUUUCUGUGUACAAAUAUUUUCUACGAUGCCGAACUAGUUUCAUCUUCAAAGAGAGAAACAUUAUUUUUUAGUCCAAUUGUUUGUAUCAUUUGAAAAAAAGGAAUUUUCAGAGGCGGUCACGUGCAUGAGCACCUUUGUCUCUCUCUAUAUAUAUAUAUGUAUAUAUACAUGUAUAUCAUACAUACACAUACACUCGAUUCAAUUUAUUUUGCAUAAAAGAUAGUGCGAGGAUAACGGAUACUAAUAUAUAUUCUUUAUUGUGAUAAAGCAACUGACUAUAUUAAGGUAGACAAUUAACGCACUCAUUGUUUUUUGUAUUGAGUUCUUGUUUGCAUUGUUAUAAGUUGCUUUCAUAGUAAGUAGAUUUGUUAAAGUUACUUGUAAAUUUUAUUUUAUAAAGGAAAGAAGUAUUAUAAGUAUUCAUACUAGUACAUUAAAUUCGAGCUUAAUCCGUGUUACCAACAGACCGAGUUACCGACUCAGAUUUAGCUUCACGUAUUUUAUUUUCACCAUAUACAUUAAGAUCAUUUAUUUAAAUGGUCCUUUAAUUAUUAAUAGGUGUAAAGGAACAAAAAUUCAGCUAUCGUAACGCUGUAACUAGAGAUGUAAUUCAUGAUGCAUUAGAAAUCAUAUAUACAUAUAUAUAUAUACAUAUACAUAUAUUCCUCUAUUUUUAUGGCUUCACUCUAUUCGUUAUUUAAAAUAUAUUUUGUACAGAUAACGGCCAUGAAUCGUCCGUACGCGUGUACGAAAUAGCUAGGACUAUAAAUAGUAUCGUUAUUCGUAUUUCAUGGUGUGCAUUAAUUAUACAUGUUUCGCGAUAAAUGUUCCAGACAUUUCAGAAAACCUGCGGUCGUAAAUACACAUGGCAAUAAUACGAAAUUAUUUUUUAUCUUCCACAAUCGAAUUUGCUAUACAUACUAUAAAUAAGUGUACAGGGUGUUUGAAGAAAGGUGGUGCCAAAUUCAAAAGAUGUACGGUACUCGUUAGACUAAACGAAAGAUGUUUGAUAAACGCGUGUACGAUUCAGGAAUGAGUUUCAGUCUGGUUAUAUUUCUGGGUCCUGUUUAUUAAUCAUUUUUCAUUUGUCAAUAAGUUUGCCACGACCUUUGUCUUGAACAGCCUGUAUAUAAAGGCACCCCGUUGCGCACUUUCGUUUCUACCGUCUUGUACAUAUUCCGUGAUCGUUCUGAUCAUACAGAGUGAUAGUUAGAGCCAGCAUUACCGUUAAUCCCUUUGUACUAUAAACGUUAUCUUAUGACAUAAGUAUGUUGUCACGCAUCGCGGAAUAUCUUUGUACAUAGCCAUCGCUUAAUCGAUAUGGUAUCAUUGUAAGAGUCACGCUUCUAGCGUCGUGAAACGCGAAUGUCGAGAAUGUGAUUGAAUGGCGAAGCUCGUCGACUGUUCGUUGAAAGCCAUUUCGAGCGUGUCUUUGUAUAUAACUGUAAACGCUAACGAACGGGACGACUGUAUAAUUCGGUUCUAGGAUAAGAUAAGCAUCGUGGACGAAGAAAUCUGUAACAGAAAGAGGUUCGAUGAAAAUAACGCUUACGCAUGUGACAGAUGUUUUAACGAUUUCUCUUCAACGAGAUUACCACGGAUAAAUUUGUAGAGCAAACUCGUUGUAUAGCCGUUGUUAACCUCUUCAUAGCGUCUCUUGACUGGCUCGGUGAGUCGGCAAAAUGGCGGAAAUUAACGAAUCAUAAGAUGAUGUCUCGUUUUAUUUGACCGUUGCAUUGAUGGUGCGAAACAGAAAAUAGAGAAAAUUAUUUUUAAUUAAAUUGUAUAACAAGGGGUUAAUUAGAUAGUCUAACCGGAGAUGCGUGUCGCGAAGAAGUAUUAUACACGCGUAUAGCCAGAGAAAGAGAGAAACAUUAUCUUCCACAAUGUUACGCAUCAAAAUAUGGAAUAUCAGAUUUAUCUCAGGAUUUUAUUCGAUCAUUUUAUUAUUAUACUCGACAAGAACGUUGAAUAGAGUUCUAAAGACGUGAUAUUCGAAGUUCUAGUCAACCAACACGCGCGAUUACGAGGAAAACGAGAAAGAAAAUACACUGUUUGGUACUUGUCCGAUGAAACGAUGUCCGUGUGAUUUAUAGUACUAUUAAGGAUCAUUGUAAAUUGUAGCGCUCUAUACUUCCAUCUUGUUUGUACGAUCCAUUUGUUUUUCGAAUUGUUUAUUACCAUAAUAGAAAAGAUUUCGGAAAUGGACGAUCAAAUUCUGAUCGUUCAAUUCCGAAGAAUCCGCGUGAACGUAUUAAUUGUUUUCCAAGCGUUCUCUUUUUCUUUUACCGCGACAUUUUGCUAACGUAACGUUUACGCGGCAUCGCGCGCGUUCAAAUUAAUCCUUUAAUUAAGCAUGUAACCAGAUGCAUUUAUUUUGAAUCUUGUUAUCGUUUGUUGACCGUCGUUUCAAAUUGUACCGAGUUGAACGCGAACGUGCGUGUCACGUAUGUACAUAUGAAAUAAAAAGGCGAAUGUUUUGCAAGAAUUAUA